AUGGACUUCCUCGAUCUCUCAAUCGUCAAGACCCCCAGUGGUUUCGCCAUAUCCCUUUUGACCGUCCUAACAACAUGGUACCUCGCGACCUCCAUCGUCUCAUACCGCCGCCUCCGGCACAUCCCAGGUCCAUUCCUCGCGCGCUUCAGCUACCUCUGGGUAGGUUACACCGCCUACAAAGGUGAACAACACCAAGUCUUCACGGCCCUCGACGAAAAGUACGGCUCACUCGUCCGCAUCGGCCCAGAAGUUCUUCUCACUUCAGAUGUGGAACUUGUAAAACGUAUGUCUGCAACGAAAAGUACUUAUGGGAAGGGCUCGUGGGCCGAUGGCAUUCGGUUCAACCCUUAUCAUGAGACUAUGUUUGCUACGCGUGAUCCGAAGGAGCAUGAUAGGGUGAAAGCAAAGCUCACGCCUGCUUAUAGUGGAAGAGAUACGCCGAACAUCGAGGAAGCUGUUGACCAGCAAGUUAUGAAUCUGAUUUCGCUUAUCCGGAGACGGUAUCUGUCUGAUCCUGCUGCCGGCGAUUUUCGGACUCUGCCUCUUAUUGAUGUUGUUUUCUAUUUCGCGAUGGAUGUUAUCUCCAAGGUGGCUCUGGGCACGGAGUUUGGAUGUUGCGCGACGAAUUCAGAUCUCUAUAGAUUCUACAACGGGUUGGCUGAGCAUAUGCCUGUUAUGGCGCUGACAACUGAUGUGCCUUGGAUACGAAAAAUCAUGUACUCUUCUACUUUCUUGAAGUAUUUUGGUCCGCGAGAAAACGAUCCGCACGGGAUGGGACCUAUGAUGAAGGUUACAAAUGAAAAUGUUCGAGAACAUUACAGUCAGGACCAAAACGAAAAGGUAGACAUGCUGAGCUCAUUUAAAGCUCAUGGCUUACCCGAAGGUGACGCCAUGUCCGAAGCGCUCUUCAUGUUCAUAGCAGGAUCUGACACCACGGCGUCGGCUAUCCGAGUGACGAUGCUUUAUGUCAUGUCUACGCCUCGCGUCUAUCAGAAACUCAAAAACGAAAUUCGCACUGCUAUAAGGGAAGGACGGGCGUCUAGUCCCAUCACAGCUGCGGAAUCGCGAGAGCUACCUUACCUCCAGGCAGUCAUAUAUGAAGGUCUUCGCAUGCGACCAGUAACAACAGGCCAACAAGCCAAACAAGUACCUCGAGGAGGCGACACCGUCAACGGAGUCUUCAUCCCGGGCGGAACAUCCAUCGCAGUCAAUUUCUCAGCCAUCCUCGCUUCAAAGAAAUUCUUCGGUCCUGACGCCGACGUUUUCCGACCAGAGCGCUUCAUCGGCCUUUCAGGACCGGAUCUCGCCGAGAUGCGUCGCAAUGUUGAGAUGAAUUUUGGGAAUGGACGAUGGAUGUGUGCUGGAAAACCUUUGGCCUUUAUGGAGCUGCAGAAGGUUUACUUUGAGUUGCUCCGAGCAUUUGACUUCCAACUUCUUGAGCCGCUCAGGCCAAUGGUUUCUGAGAGUUAUGCUCUGUUUCGGGAUUAUGGACUCAAGGUUCGAGUGACAGCGGCAGAGGACAUGAACUGA